AUGGCGGAAGCAGGGCAAGCAGAGCGGAGAAGCAUCUUGGUCCAGCAGUUGCUGUCGGAGCGGCGACAGCGCCUGGAGGAGAAGCUGGAGCAGACACCACGCCGAAACCUGGAAGCAUCCUGGGCCGAUUGGAGCCCCACGGGAACGCCUCGGCGGGCCAUCACACGGCUCUUGGAUUCACCGGCCUCAGCACCGCCUCUAUCUCCGGAAAGAAACCAGGGCAGUCACAAGAAGAUCUUCCUUCCGGACUUCCCAGGCAUCGCCGGCAUCGCCGAUGCUCAUGAAGAGGGACAGCCUUGCACGUCCUGCUUUGGGGACCUGCUUCCGGAUUCUGCCUUCUAUCGACACUACGGACAUCGAAAUGCCGAGGCAGUGACCGGCAUGGGCAGUGACGCGUCAGGCCUCACCGGAAAUCGCGGUACCACGACGAGCCUCCCGUCGCAAAGCCCCAGGGUGCGACACAGCUUUCGGGAGAGGCUCCGAGAAUGGACGAAUCAACAGAAGGCGCAGAUGCAGAAGAAGGAAGAUGCAAAGCUGGACCAGGAGAUGCGGAUGAAGGAGGCCUGCACAUUCAGACCUGCCAUCAACCAAAAGUCCGAUACUUUCGCGAGGCGAUCUCGUGGCUGCUUCGCUGAGCCACUGAAUGAGCGGCUUUACAACGAUGCCGGCCGGAGGUCUAAGCUCAGAGCGCAGGCCAAGGAGCUGCUGGAUGCAAAUGACCUCUACGAGUGCACGUUCACGCCGCGAAUCAACGCCCAGCGGAAUGAAGGCGAAGGGAGGAUCCCGCUGCAUCUUCGAAGCGAGGCGAUCCAACAGACCAAACAGGCACGCACACAAGCAACGCAGGAGGCCCUGAAGAAGCAGUUCCCGUUGUCGUUUCAGCCCACGCUCUCUGCACGGAGCCGUCGGCUGGCAGAACGGCGCAAGCUGGAAGCGCGAAGGUCUGCAAGUCAGGAUGCAUUCAGUCCCGGCCAGGCGGCCAGGUGCAUGUCGUCUACUCUGGAUGGUCCGAAUGGGUCCCCGGUCAAGCGGGCAGCCAGCAGCGACAGCACACGAAGGACAUCAUCACUGCCACAGGCUUUUCUCGAAAGGCAGCAAAGCUACGAGGAGGCACGAAGAUUUCGCAACAGAGUUCGCCUGGAACACGCUGAAGCAGAUUUCACCUUCAGGCCUGCGAUCACCGAAGGCAGCGAGCACCUGCGAGCCCGGAAUCCAGAGAUGCUUGGUGAGUCCCUGGAAGAGCGCAUCGAGCGGUUGGCCGUGCGCGAUGUGGCCCGAAGGCAGCUCGUCCGGAGCGAGAUGCAGAAAUCCAUGUUCAGGGAUUGCACCUUUGCUCCCGCGGUCAGCCAGCAGUCGACACUGAUAAACAGCGCGCGUGCGAUGCGCGCCUCGGCAGACGGUGGCGUUUACGACCGCCUCUACGCCGAUGCAGUGGCCAAAGAGAAACUGCGCGAGGCCUCUCCGGCUCGUGCCGAGAACAGUUUUCAGCCACAACUGGACCGCAGAGGGAGCCGACUCUAUUCGCACGUCCGUGCGCACUACACGAAGCCGGCCGACAUCAUGGCCAGCAUCCAGCAACAGCAGGACCGAAGAGCUGAGCUCUUGCUACGGCGACACGCUGAGAAGGAGCAUGCGGAGUUUGCCGACUGCACUUUUCGCCCAGAGCUUUGCCGCCAACACGUUGAAAAUCAGCCCGUGGUCGUAAGCGGUCUUAGCCGCUACUUCGAGCUGCGCAGCCUUGCUCAGCAGCAGCAGGAGGCACAAAGAGAGCGGGAGGCGAAAGUGUUCCGGUCCGCCGGGGGUCCCUCGAACGGGAUAACGAUUCCGGAGCCUUUCGCACUCUCCUCGAGGAACGGCUUUCGUUCGCAGGGCAGUGUGCGCUCGGACUCCACGAAGACGCCCCGGCACUCUUGA